AUGAAUCAGCUAUGUUGGCGAACAAACAAUACUGCUGGAGUUAAGCCUCAAAAAGUCCGAAAGGGUAUUAAUGUCGACACAGAAAAAAUUAAUGAAGAAGAUAAAGUCCAAAAAGAAGUGAUAGAUGAAGCCCAAGAAGUACAAAAAAUAAGUGAUAAUGGUGGAGAUGACGAAAAUGGCAGAGAUAAGGGAGAUGACCGUAUCCACGAACAAAGCGCACCCUACUACAAAUUACGAUACAAGGACGGGGGCAGGCACAGGGAAGAAGACAGGUACAGAGACUCUAACUGUUACAGGAACGGAAACAGGCACGUCACCAGAAACAGGUACUGGGAUGGGACAGGUUACGGAGACAGUUAUGGGAAUGGUUAUGGACAGAGGUAUGGAGACAUGCAGGAAGACAUGCAUCGAAACAGAUACGCUGCCAGGUACAACGAUCGGUACGGAGAGAGGUACGGGGACAGAUACUGGCAUGAAUAUGGGGACCGAUACAUGCAUAUGCACAGGGACAGGGAUGAGUAUAGGGACAGAUACGGGAACAUGUACGGAGACAAUUACAGAAGGAGAUUUUAAGAUCGAUCGCGAGGAAACUGGAGUAAGAGAGAAGAAACUUGUUGA